AUGUCUGGAGGCUGGAACACUAUAGAGUCCGAUGCUGGCGUAUUCACCUAUCUGAUCGAGAAGCUCGGUGUUAAGGACGUACAGUUCGAAGAGCUCACCACACUCGAAGCAUCAGACCUGCAAAACCUCGGUACAGUCUAUGGCGUCAUCUUCCUCUUCAAAUACCCUACCGGCGAGAAGCCCAGCGAUGUACCGAAGGACGGCACCUACGACUACGAAGCGGCGAGCUCCAUCUUCUUCCCGGCGCAAACCAUACAGAACGCCUGCGGGACACAGGCGAUAGUCUCGCUUCUGUUGAACAGAGAAGAGGAGAUUGAUAUCGGCAAGGAGCUGAGAGAGUUCAAGGAGUUUGCGGGUGACUUCCCACCAGAUCUCCGUGGUGAGACUCUCUCCAACUCCGACCUCAUCCGUGAAACACACAACUCAUUCGCACGCUCCUCGCCAUUCAUCGAUGAGACGCAGCGAACAGCGACUGAAGACGACGAUGUAUUCCACUUCAUCGCCUACACAAGCAUAAACAACAAACUCUACGAACUCGACGGCCUCCAACCAGCGCCCAUUUCCCAUGGACCCUGCACUUCUUCCGAAUUCCCCCAGAAGAUCAUUCCCGUACUCCAACGCCGCAUCGCCCGCUACCCCGCCACGGAAAUCCGCUUCAACCUCAUGGCCUGCUGUCGCGACCUACGUAUCCGUGCCCGAGAGAUUGGGGACGAGGAAGAGUUGGAGGAGCAGGAAGAUAAGCGCGCAAGGUGGCUGUGGGAGAACUCGUUGCGAAGGCAUAACUUUGUGGGCUUUGUGGGUGAGCUGCUGAAGAGUGUUGUGAGGGCAAAGUUGGAUCAAGGCGGCGAUGCGUAUGACAAGUGGGUUGAGGAGGCCAAGGGAAGGUCGACCAAGAGGAGGGAGGACCUGAGGAAACAGGGUAUUGCGGAAGAUUGA